AUGGCGACCCCAUUUGUGUCCGAUAAGCCGGACGCAGCAUCGGCAAAUGGCGACGGGUCCGAUCCCUUUACGACAAGUACCCCGGGUCCGUCACACUUGCGCCACUCGGCCUUCGAUACCGAACUCUUCGCUCUCGCUCCAGGCGCCUCUGUGGAACAGGUCAAGCGUGCCCUUGAGGCUCACUUGCGCGACACGGAGCGUCGCAUGGAAGAGGCCGGGAAGCUGGGCACUGCUCUGGUUCAGCAGCAAAAGCAACUCACCGAAAAGCUUCGAGAGCUCGAGCAGCUGCAGUCCGAGGAUGAGCUCACCCCACAGCUGCGCCAGCGGCUUGUCGAGAUCGAGAAGGACUACAACGAGGUUGCCAGGGAGAGUGCUCGUGCCCUGCUUCCCAAGCAACGUGUGCCGAGCAAUGAGUCUCAGGGCUCGCCCUUUUCGCCGGAGGGUAAAGUGAGCAGGCGCUCCGUGAGUCCCGCUAAGUUCGAGUCACUCGCCGCUCCAUCCCCAACCAAGUUCAUCUCGAAUCGUAAAAUCCGGAAUCAGCAUUCCAGCCGCAUUCACGAUAUCGAAUUCGCCGCCGAAAUCAGUACCCACUUGAUCGCCCAAGUCCGAGAGUUGCAAGCUACGCUCGCCGCAAGGGAGGAGGAGCUCAAGGAAGCCAAGGCGGAAAAGGCCAGGCUCGAGAUCGAAGCCGAGGCCUUCCAACAGCGGCUGAAGAGUUUGGAUGAGAGCGAGAGCCGGUACAAGGAUGAGAAUUGGAACCUCGAGACGCAGAUCCACGAUUUGCUUGCCGCACAGAAGGCGGCUGCUGAGCGCGAGAAGAAGCUCAUCCAGUCCCUCAACCUCCUCCAGGCUGAGAAGAACGCCACCCAGCGGGAGUUGGAAGAGCUCAAGGACAACCUGGCUAAGCAAGAUGAAAAGCACUCAGCUCAAAUCAAGAAUCUCGAGAUCGAGCUCGGGACCAGUCGUCGUACUGCUGCCAUGUUCGAGACGGAGCGCGCCUCCCUGCAGAAGAAGCUUGACGAUCUCACGAGCCAGAACCAGGAGUUGGCCAGGGCGUUUGCUGCCCUUCAGCGAGACCGCGCGCAGGAGCGUGAAGCCAAUCAGGGUGCCGGUGAAGAGGACUUGCAUCCAGCUCCAGAUCACAACACACCGGAGCAUUCGCCCCCGCCCUCGCCGAUGAAACCUACUCCCCGCCACUCGGCGCUCGAGUCGGAAACGCUCAAGACGUCCUUGGCUCACGCCCAACGCACCAUCCAGACUCUCCGCACCAACAUCCACCGCGAGAAGACCGAGAAGCUUGAGCUCAAACGCAUGCUUCAGGAGGCCCGAGAUGAGAUCGAGAAAUUGAGGAACGACCCCAACCCGCACCAGCCCCCGAAGAAGGCUCGCAAGUUCGAACCGCGCGAGCUCAAGAAAUCUUCGUUUAGGCUGAACCAGCUUGGUGUCGCGCGAUCGAGCAGGACCGAAGUCGUCGAGGAUGACGAUUGGGAAGACCAAUCGGAAUCCCCUUCUCCUCACACGCUUUCCCGUCGUGGCUCUUUUUUCCGCUUUGGGACGCCGACCGCUCCCCGAAAGGUAAGGCUUGAUCAAUUCGAUACGGCGCCCGAAACGAGCGACGCAGCGUUCGAGACUGCCCAUGAACGAGCAACUGAAACGGAAGACUUCCAGACCGGUGCCGAGGAGCUCUCCGACGACAACGAUGCCACCGAGACAGAAGCUGGCCAAGCUAGGGGUGCUGAUUCCAUCAAGCGACCUCCUCCUCUCCCGCCGCACGAGUCGAGCAACCAUUACUCUUUCCGCAGCACGGUGUCAACGUCAAGCGAGGACGAUGAGGAUGAGUACCCGUCUAGCCCUGAGCUGAAAACCCCAACGACUGGACCAAGGAUGCGGAUGCGCUCAAGCCGUACCUCUUUGACGCGUGCCCGACAAUUCAGCGAAGACUCGAACCAGAGCUUUUCGGCCAGCCCUCCAGCCCACGGCUCUUCCGUCACCCCCGGCGGCCAGAGCUUGUUUGCUGAAUUAAACAGCGUCGACAACAGCGACGAAGAUUCAUGCGGAGGUGCUGCUACUCCCAGCAGGAGGAGCAUCCGGUCCUCCGUGCCCGCCACUCCCCGAAGCGUUGGCCACGGUCGUGUUUCUCCAACGCCCGAAGUGCCUACUCUUCCCAGGGUUAUCAUGGUGGACAGUUCUACCAUGACUGAUCCGGUUGAUAUUCGACCAGUAUCCGCAGACGCGCAGGCACUUAGAGAGUCGGACGACAGCGAGGCACUAAUCUCAUCGCCGCCAAGCAUUGUCUGCCCUGACUCUGACCGUCCGAUCUCCAGAGCUUCAGUUGCUGGUUCUCGUCCCGUUGGGGCUCCAACAACGUGGCUGGGUGAUGAUUUAAAAGCUGGCGACCCUGAGCGUCCCCAUUCCUCCGCCUCCUACAGCGAUGCCAGCGCCCAGCACGACUGGCACUUCCCAUCUUCGUCGUUGUCCUCAUCCCUGGUUGGUGCUGUUCCUCCACCAGCCCUGAGUAUUUCCUCGAUACAGACCGAGUGUAUCGAGCCCCAGCCGGAACACGAGGUUGCACCGAGCCCUCUACUGCUCGCCGUCUCCUCCAUUAUGUCGGCGGAAAUCGUACCUGUGAUGGAGCAAGAGGAGCGUCCAGUCCUCUCCAUUAUACCUACGAUUUUCGAGCAAGUCGAGCCGGCGGCCGAACCAGAGCCUGUGGUGCCCAAGCCACCAACCCUCAGCAUCCCCGCCCUCGUUACCCAAGACAUUUGUCCUAUUGCUCCAUCUCCUCCUGCUUUGUCCUUCUCGGAGGUACACACUGAGCAAAUCGAACCUGAUGCUGAGCCUGACUCAACCACCGACUCAGCUAUUGCUCUCUCGAUAUCUAGUAUCCGAUCCGAGCAGGUCGAGCCGGUUCUUGAACCUGAGCCGGUGUCUGUUUCACCCGUAUCCCUGUCCUUGUCGGCUAUUUGCUUCGAGCACGUCGAGCCGAUUGAGUCUCUUGCGGCCCACUCCGAACCACCCUUGGAGCACCAGGUUCAAGUUGCUUCUGCAUCUGUUCCUUUGACGUUUUCUCCCCUCAUUUCGGAGCUUGUCGAGCCUCAAGAAGAUGUCCCAACGUCCCCUAUCAAGCUGUCGCUCUCAGCCGUUAAGACGGAAGAUGUCGAGCCUCAGAUGGAGACUCCAGCGACUCCGGUCAGAUUGUCUUUCUCAACUAUCCAAGCAGAGGAGGUUGAACCCACUCAAGAACCAGAGGCGGCUGUGCCUUCAUUAGCGUUCGCUUCUAUUCACUCAGUGGACGUCUCUCCUCGUGAAACUCCCGCUCCUCAGCUUGGCGUAUCGCCCAUCCAGACUUGGAGCGUUGAGCCCAUUGAAGAGCCGGGCGUCUCCCCACCCGUGCUGACGAUCUCGGCCAUCGAAGCCCAGGAAAUUCAGCCUGCGCAGUUGGAGGAGUCUGGACACACUCCUGAACUAACAUUCUCCGAGAUUCAGAUACUUCACACCGAACCCAGGAGUCCUAAGCGGAACGCGUUCAUCAUCCCCCGUGAUACCGAAGGCGAUACAGUCCUUCCGCAGCCAGUGCCUUGGUCCCCAGAGCCUGAAUCUAUGGCUCGCCAGAUUCGAAGCAUUCCGACUGCGGAUCAGGGAGCACAGACAACGCUCACGUCCGAGGCUAUCGAUCAGUUGCUCAGGGCCAAGAUGCCACCCUCUGAGGCAGCUGAAUUCGAGGGAGCCAAUUCCGUCGGCAUGCAGAAUACCCCGUCCACUGUGAAAGUCCACCGACCACCUCAAGGAGUCAUCGAAACACCCCUUGCCUACAAGGGCAAACAGCCUGAUUACAAUUACCUUACUGAAGUGCUCGAGCCCCAAUUCACACGGCGUCCUGGAAGUUCAGCUAGUAGAACUACCUCUUUUGAUGACGUGCCGCCACUCCCGUCAAAUCACAGAGAAGUCAUCGAAGCAGUACGAAGCGGUUCGUCGCAUGGCGGUCAAGGCACCAUUGGAAGUAUGGGCCCUCCUCCGUAUCCCGCAUCCCUCAAACCACAGAGUCAGCCACUCCGGCCUCGGACUCCAACCAACUCCAGACGGCCGGUUUCCCCAGUUUUAUAUGCUUCUGUCUCUGGUCGCGGAACUCCUACUCCUCGUCCUGCUCCCAAAUAUGGAGCAGCAGAUGUGCACUCCCUGUCGAAGGCCACAACUCGCAGCCGCAAAUCCUCCAUUUCGUCUUUCACCUCUGAAGUUGAUACGCGGUUUAACAUGCACCACGAUGCUGGUUUCGAGAGCCUAGGAUCCGGUACUGAUCCUCGAAUGAUCCAGGCAAUUACACAAACCAUGAUUGGCGAGUAUCUAUGGAAGUACACACGUAAGAAGACUGGACGCGGAGAGAUGUCGGAGAACAGACAUCGGAGGUACUUCUGGGUUCAUCCAUACACCCGCACGCUGUAUUGGAGCACUCGGGACCCUUCGACCGCCGGGCGUUCUGAGCUGAGGGCCAAAAGCGUCCAGAUUGAGGCUGUCCGUGUCGUCAAUGAUGACAAUCCGUUCCCUCCCGGUCUCCAUCAGAAGAGCCUGAUCAUCGUGUCCCCUGGCCGGAGCAUCAAGUUCACUUGCACGACGGGACAACGGCACGAAACUUGGUUCAACGCUUUGUCAUAUCUGUUGCUCCGAACGGCAAACGAGGGCCAGUCGGACGCGGAGGAGAUUGCCGGCAAUAUUACGAGAGAGGACGUCGACGAGUUCAAUCCAGCUUAUCCAAGACGAUAUCCGCGUGCAGUUCCAUCGGUCUCAUCGUAUAGCUCGCGAACUGUUCGUGAGCCACCGAAUGCGGAUAUAUCGCUGAGCGUCCCUACUUUGACUCAGUCACGUCCCAAGGCGCCGGCUCCCGGGCGGUCGUCAUUUGCCACGUUGGGCCGCAUCAGUGGGUAUUGGAAGGACAGCAAGCUUUCUGGAACAUUUGGCAGCAUCAGGAGCCGAAGUGUUCCCGGGCGGGACCCCGUCCACGGUAUCUUUGAUGCUCCGGAAGCACACGACAGUGCCGAGGAUGUCAGGCAAAUGAUUGAACGACAGGACCGGGAGGCCGACCGUAUCGAAAAUGUACGGGCUUGCUGUGAUGGAAAACAUGACGUCGGCACACUAAGCAACAGUGCAAAGAAAGGUCGCAACUCUGUCGCCGGCUUCCGCACUCCUACUCCUGGCCCUUCUGCCACCCCAACGCCUGCUGGGACCAUCAGAUCCUGA